CUGUAGUUCUGGAUUAGCUACCUGAAGACUGUAAAAUAAUGAAGUAUUCACAUGCGACUUUUAAACACUAUUCUCUUCUAUGUAAUAUGAGUUUGUAAUUUGGCGUGCCAUUUAUUUGACAAUCUGUUCAGAAAAUUAGCUUUUACCCAUUUAUUCAUUCAAGUGCAUUUGUUUGAAUUCUUGUCUACUACUGAGAUCGUUGGUACAUCCAUGCUGUUGUACCCUACUUUCGGCAUUAAAUCAUCAGACAGGCAAUUAACAUAAGAUGAAACACAACGGGCAUUUCCUCCUUUUUGCAGUCACAUCUGCCUGUAGAGAUCGAGGUGCCAGAGCAUGCAUGCCACGAUUCUUUCGUCUGCCUGGAUUACAGUUGAUAUACAAAGUUUUUCGCCAUCAUGCUGCGAGUCGUGGUAGAGUCCGCUAAAAAUAUUCCGAAAAAGAAAAUUGGAAAUCCGGAUCCUAUUGUUGGGAUUGUUUUUCGAGGUGAAAAAAAGAAAACCAAAGCAAUUGACAAUGAGCUGAAUCCCGUUUGGAAUGAAGUUCUGGAGUUUGAUUUAAAAGGCUCUCUUUUGGAUGCCUCCUCCUUUAUUGAUGUGAUUGUGAAAGACUAUGAAACCAUUGGGAAGGACAAAUUCAUUGGCUCUGCAAAAAUCUCCCUCAGAGACUUAGCCAAUGGUCAGCAAAGAUCCCUGCCAUCAAAAAAUUUGCCUCUCGUGAAUGAAAAAAAUCAGGAAUUUGGGGCAACCAUCAACAUGGUGAUUGGAUACGAGCCACCGGCCGGUGCUGCCGUGCCAACGCCGUAUGAGCAGGCAGAUGGGGUGCAGGCGUCCGGAGACACUGGGGGAGAAACGAAUGAGGAGGAGGAUGUGGAGGAUGCGGACGGAGGGCAGGGGGCGACACCGGGGACGACCCCCCCUCCUGGUCAGCCGAGAAAGGCCGUCCCAAGGUUGAAACGCGCGAACAAGAAAAAUUAUCGGCUGUUGUCCAACAAGCCCCAGGAUUUCCAGAUCCGUGUUCGGGUUAUUGAAGCACGUCAGUUGCCCGGUAACAACAUCAAGCCCGUCGUCAAGGUGAAUCUCUGUGGACAGACGCACAGAACCAGGAUCAAAAGAGGAAAUAAUCCUUUCUUUGAUGAGAUUUUCUUUUACAACGUCAAUAUGUUACCUUCAGAGUUGUUUGACGAGUACAUCAGCAUUCGGGUGUAUGACUCCUUUUCCCUGAGAGCGGACAGCUUGAUGGGAGAGUUUAAGCUGGAUGUUGGCUAUGUCUAUGAUGAACCAGCUCAUGCUAUCCUGAGGAAGUGGCUUCUCAUGGGCAAUGCCGACGACUCCAGCUCCGGAGCCAAGGGAUACCUCAAAGUCAGCGUGAUGAUCAUGGGGGCGGGAGAUGAGCCUCCGAUGGAGAAGAAGGAAGCUGAUGACGAGCAGGACGACAUCGAGAGCAACCUGCUGCUGCCGGCUGGAACCAGCCUGCGAUGGGUCACUCUGACACUGAAGGUGUACCGGGCUGAGGACAUGCCACAGAUGGAUGAUGCUUUUGCUCAGACAAUCAAGCAUGUAUUUGGAGGAGACGGUGACAAGAAAAACAGGAUCCAUUUAGACUCGAUGCAGAUCUGUACAAAAAUAAUAGAGAAAAAUGCAAACCCAGAAUGGAACCAGCGGAUCAAUUUGCAGGUCAAGUUUCCAUCAAUGUGCGAACGCAUCAAGUUGACAGUUUACGACUGGGAUCGGCUCACCAGGAACGAUGCCAUAGGAACCACCUUCUUAAACCUGACUAAAAUAGCGUCCUCUGGUGGCGAGAUUGACGGGAAUUCUGGGAUUUCGGAGGUGGGGUUCCUGCCAGCGUUUGGUCCCUGCUACGUAAACCUCUAUGGAAGCCCCAGAGAAUUCACUGGCCUCGCAGACCCGUACGAGGACCUCAACUUUGGGAAGGGCGAAGGGGUGGCCUACAGGGGAAGAGUUCUGGUUGAACUCACCACCCAGCUGGACGCCAAAGCUGAAAAGAAGAUUGACGACAUACCGAGCGACGACAUCCUUGUGGCUGAGAAGUACCAGCGGCGCAGGAAGUUCUCUCUCUGCGCGGUGUUCCACAGCGGGUGCAUGCUGCAGGAACCUGGGGAACCCAUCCAGUUCGAAGUCAGCAUCGGAAACUAUGGCAACAAGCUGGACUCCACGUGCAAGCCCCUGGCCUCAACAACCCAGUACAGCUGCGCCGUGUUCGAUGGAAAUCACUACUAUUACUUGCCCUGGGCCAACACAAAACCGGUUGUCAUCAUCACGUCUUUCUGGGAGGACAUAAGCCACCGUUUAGAGUCUGUCAACGUUAUCCUGUACAUUGUUGACCGAUUGGAGUCCAACAUCACCUCCCUGAAGACGGCCGUUUCGGCUAAAGUUCCUGAAACUCGCCUGGCCGAGAUCUGGCUCAAACUGAUCAACCACUUGAUUGAAGACCUCAGCAGCUUCAAAAUGCCGGAGCUGGAGGGCAGGGCGAACCUGACGGCCCUGGACCUGCAGCUGAAGAAGAUGCGGGACAGCACCCUGGGGACCAUCCAGCAGGAGGCCGAGAACAUGAAGGAGGCGGCCACCGACGUGCUGGCCACGCUGGGGGACAUCGAGGACUGGCUGGACAAGCUGCAGCAGCUGGCCGACGAGCCCCAAAACAGCAUGCCGGACGUGAUCAUCUGGAUGCUGAGGGGGGAGAGGAGGGUGGCCUACGCGCGAAUCCCAGCCAAUCGGGUCCUGUACUCCACCCUCAGUGAGCAGGCCAUCGGAAAGCACUGCGGCCAGACCCAGACCAUCUUCAUGCAGUACCCCAUGGACAAAAAUAAAGGUCUGAAGGUUCCGGUCCAGCUGCGGGUGAACAUGUGGCUCGGGCUGUCCGCGCACGAGAAGAAGUUCAACAGCUUUUCCGAGGGGACCUUCAGCGUGUUCGCAGAGAUGGUGAGAAGACCGGCCCAGUUUUACGGAAGGGGCACAGCUGAGUGGCGGCACAUUCUCUGCUACUGGGAACUGGAAGGGCGGAGUUUCCUGCCCGACCGGGAAGGGAGGUUGCUGACGGAGGCGGACGCGGGACACACGGAGUUCAUGGACGAGGUGUUCCAGAAUGAGACGCGCUACCCCGGAGGAGAGUGGAAACCGGCGGCAGAACCCUACACGGACGUGAAUGGAGACAAGGCACAGAGCCCAGACGAGAUCGAGUGCCCUUCUGGCUGGAAAUGGGAGGACGAGUGGAGCUACGACACCAACCGAGCCGUGGACGAAAAAGGUUGGGAGUACGGGAUAACAGUCCCUCCCAAUGACAAACCCAAGUCCUGGGGUCCCGUGGAGAAGAUGUACCAUGUGCACCGCCGAAGGAGGAUGAUUCGGCAGCGGCGGAAGGUGGCGGAACCCACCACCCCCUCAGAGAGAAGAGGGCCUCUGGAGGGCUGGGAGUACUCCUCUCUGAUUGGCUGGAAGUUCCACCGGAAGGAGCGCUCGUCUGACACGUUUCGGCGCAGACGCUGGAGGAGGAAGAUGGCUCCCUCUGAUCGCUUGGGCCCGUCCGCCAUCUUCAACCUGGAGGGGGCGCUGGGGAUUGAUGAUGAGGAGAAGGGCUCCAAAAAAGACCCGACCAAGCUGUUCGGUGCCAACACGCCCACUGUUUCCUGCAGCUUUGACAGGUCUUUUAUGUACCACCUCAGGGUCUAUGUUUAUCAAGCUAAAGACCUCACUGCCAUGGACAAAGACAGUUUUUCAGAUCCCUAUGCACACGUGUCCUUUCUGCACGUGAGCAAAACCACCGAGAUCAUCAAGUCCACUCUAAACCCAACCUGGGACCAGACCCUCAUCUUCGACGACAUCGAAAUCUACGGUGACCCCCAGACCUUAGCUCACAACCCGUCCAGUGUGGUUUUUGAGCUCUAUGACAGUGACCAAGUGGGCAAAGACGAGGCUCUGGGCAGGUGCUCCUGCCCCCCUCUGGUGAAGCUGAAGCCUGGAAUGGACGUUUCGCCCAGACUCCUGUGGUACCCCGUAAUCAAGAAGGGCCGGGUUGCCGGGGAGAUGCUGGUGGCUGCCGAGCUGAUCCUGAAGGACAAGGCGAAUGAGUCUAACCUGCCCCUCCUGCCCCCGCGGCGAGCGGAGAGGCUCUACAUGGUGCCGCAGGGGAUCCGCCCCGUGGUGCAGCUCACCGCCAUCGAGAUCCUGGCCUGGGGCCUGCGCAACAUGAAGCCCUACCAGCUGGCCACCGUGUCCUCCCCCAGCCUCAUCGUGGAGUGCGGGGGCGAGAUCGUGCGCUCCGCCGUCAUCAGGAACAUCAAGAAGAGCCCAAACUUCCCCGCAUCGGUCCUCUUCCUCAAAGUGCUCCUUCCCAAAGAGGAGAUGUACACUCCUCCGAUCGUGCUGAAGGUGAUCGAUCACCGACCGUUUGGGCGGAAGCCCAUCGUGGGACAGUGCACCAUAAGCUCCCUGGAAGAGUUCCGCUGUGACCCCUACAGGACCGGGGCUGAGGUCGCCCGGUGCGCCAAAGUGGCUAUGAUGACCUCUGCUGCACCACCUCACACCAUCAUCAACAUUGAGGACCGAAAGCUGGCCCUGGAAGCCCAGCAAGAAGAAAAGGAGAAGGAAGCAGUCGAUUGGUGGAGUAAGUUCUAUUCCUCCAUUGGAGAACAUGACAAGUGUGGCCCGUACCUUCAGAAAGGCUACGACACCUUAAAGGUCUACAACACUGAACUGGAGGAGGUCCCAGAGUUCAGAGGACUGAAUGACUUCUGCAAAACCUUCAAGCUGCAGAGAGGCAAGAACGAGGAGGACGAAGACGACCCUUCAGUGGUCGGAGAGUUCAAGGGCUCAUUCAGAGUGUACCCCCUGUCAGACGACCCGGGCAUCGCUGAACCCCCUCGGCAGUUUCGGGAGCUCCCCGACAGCGGGCCUCAGGAUUGCCUCGUCAGAAUUUACAUCAUCCGCGGCAUCGACCUGCAGCCCAAGGACAACAACGGCAUGUGUGAUCCUUACAUUAAGAUUUCUCUGGGAAAGAAAACUAUUGAGGACCGGGAUCAGUACAAACCCAACACCCUCAAUCCAGUGUUUGGAAGGAUGUUCGAACUCUCCUGCUUCCUUCCGCAAGACAAAGAUCUGAAAAUCGCCAUUUACGACUACGAUCUACUGAGCCGCGAUGAAAAAGUCGGAGAGACAGUGAUUGACCUGGAAAACCGAUUCCUCUCUCGUUUCGGUUCAUACUGUGGACUACCGGAGACGUACUGCAUCUCCGGUAUCAACCAGUGGCGAGAUCAGCUGAAGCCGUCCCAGAUCCUGCAGAACCUGGCCAAGCUGAGAGGCAUCAGUCCCCCUCAAACCACAGACAACGGAAACACCCUAAGCUUCGGAGGCCAGGAGUACAGCCUGCUGGACUUCGAAGCCAACAAAACCAUGCACCAGCACAUGGGCCCCCCAGCUGAAAGAAUCGCUCUGCACGUGCUCAGAAAACAGGGCCUCGUCCCCGAGCAUGUGGAGACCAGGACUCUCUACAGCAGCUUCCAGCCCACACUGUCCCAGGGAAAGAUCCAAAUGUGGGUGGAUGUCUUCCCUAAAAGCCUUGGUGUCCCAGGACCACCCUUUGACAUUACACCUCGUCAAGCCAAAAAAUAUUUCCUGCGCGUCGUCGUUUGGAACACCACCGACGUCAUUUUGGACGAAACCAGCAUCACGGGGGAAAAAAUGAGCGACAUCUAUGUCAAAGGGUGGAUGCCAGGGAUGGAGGAGGACAAGCAGAAGACUGACGUCCACUACAGGUCCCUGGACGGGGACGGGAACUUCAACUGGAGGUUCGUCUUUCCGUUCAGCUACCUGCCAGCGGAACAGCUCUGCCUUGUGUCUAAAAAGGAGCAUUUCUGGAGCCUGGAUAAGACCGAAUUCAGAACACCGCCACGGCUAAUAGUCCAGAUCUGGGACAAUGACAAAUUCUCCCUGGAUGAUUAUCUGGGUACCGUCGAGCUGAAUUUGCACCAUCUCAUUCCUCCUUCCAAGACACCGGAGAAGUGCAGCCUAAAAAUGUUGCCAGGGGUGAUAGGCUCCGGCCAAUCCAAAACUCUGCCUUCCACUUCUCUCUUCGAUCAGAAGUCUGUUAGAGGCUGGUGGCCCUGUGUGAUUGAGCAGGACGGAAAGAAAGAGUUGGGUGGGAAGGUGGAAAUGACCCUGGAAAUCGUGACUGAAUCGGAGGUGGAUGAGAAGCCUGCUGGGAAAGGCCGGGACGAGCCCAACAUGAACCCCAAAUUGGAUCCUCCCAACCGACCUGAUACCUCCUUCUUCUGGUUUACAAAUCCAUGCAAGACUAUGAAAUUCAUCGUUUGGCGCAGAUUCAAAUGGAUAUUCAUUGGAAUCAUUAUCCUGCUACUAGUGUUGCUGUUCUUUGGAAUCCUUCUGUAUUCAUUACCGAACUACAUCUCAAUGAAAAUUGUGAAGCCAUUCAAGUGAGCCUCAUAUCAAAACAGUCGAAUCCACAUGUCUAUAAACAUGGAUGAUGGAACCUGCUGCUUCAUGCUUCUAAUAUAUACAUAUAACUGGCCAUCCCACAGCUGUUGCAAAUUAUGGGCUACCAUGAGUACCAUGAUAGCCCAUAAGCUAGCAUGCACAUGCUUACAUAUUUUAUAUCUUAUCCAUUCACACAGCUGGGCAUUUAGGUUCAGAUUCAACAUAUAACCACAAUGGUAUCUGUCUGUGAAUCUGAAUUAAAAACAAAUAAUGUUUUAUUUUGCACAUUUUUCAUUGACCACACCUCGUGAUUACGAAUGCCGAAUAAAGUAAGAUCCACUUACCUUUUUGUCAUAGAAGCAAACCUGUACAUUUCUGUAGUGAAAAGUUGGCAAAAAAAAAAGUUGGCGAAACACAGUCUAGGCAUCCAGGUGAAACCCCAGCUACAUUUAGCCAGGCUAUAUUUGGGCAAAACCUGAGCUAUAUUGGAGUUAGCCUAGUCCAUGAAUGUCAAAAAUGUCUCUCAACCUAGUUUUCCAUCCCUUUACACAUACAGAUUCCAGCUUUUACUCACUGGGCAUUGGGAUUUUUUUUUUAGAUUGCUGAAGCAGAUGGAGUUCUUUAGUUGCCAGUGCCAGUACCUUGCUCAAAGCUACACAAGUAGCAGUGUUCCAUUCGGGAUUCAAGCCUGCAGCCUCCUGGCUCAGUUGCGCACAUUAGCCCUGCUACGCACAGCCAACACAGUAAUGCAAUAUCUGUUUAUUCCAAAUGUACUACACUUUUAGUGGAAUGAACGCAACCUGUUACUACAUAAACAUAUUAAGUAUUUGACUACAUUAAAGGUUCUCUUAGUGUAUUUUCAUAGCCGUUUUCUUUGGUGAUGCUCAUAAUGAAAUCUAAACCUUUGACUCACUUGCUAAUACAAUAACAGUUAUAUAAUUCAAAGUUUACAUCCCACCAUUUUCACAAUAUGUAUGUUUGUAGAACAGUAAGGAUGGGCUUGGUAGAAUCAGAAACCUCUGCACUGUUUCUGUAGUGGCAAGAGAAAGCCCUUAUAGCCAUGCAGAUGUUAACCAGUACAAAAACAUCAAAUCAUUUCUGGAAAACAAAGGAAAUCAAUUUUGUCAGCUGUGGAAAAGAAAGCCAAUGCAUUAUUUAUUUGGCAAAUCCAUGCAGGAAGGAAGCGCCGAUUUGUUUAGGCUAAUCAGGCGUUCAUCAGGGUGGGGUUCUGGCUUACACGGCAAGAAAUAUUCAGACCCUAUCUGUGCCACUUAAAAGUGUCUUUGCCUUUAUGAAACCAAAUCAUCCCAGCACCUUCCAGUGUUAUUUGAACUGUUAAUCCUUUACAUGACAGCCAGUGUAUACACAUGCUUGCUCAAGGCAAGCGACAUGGUUUUAAGUUUGUAAACUAAUGUUCUCUGGAUUUUUAUUAAUGUUUCUGAUGUGUAAUUUAAUAAAGAUGCAUUAAU